UGUCAAUAUAUGGCAAGUUGUGACUGUAAAAUCUGCUAAAAAAAAUUAUUUUGUGAUCGAUAAAGAACAGACUACACUUAAUUCAGGUAGUCAUGUCGAACAGUGUGUGUUCUCACUGUGGUUGUACAGAGAUAGACAAGGACACUGCCCGGGGAGAUGCAGUUUGCACAAACUGUGGGUCUGUUCUAGAAGAUCAGAUUAUUGUGUCGGAGGUUCAGUUUCAGGAAAACGCAGCAGGAGGUGCCUCUGUUAUUGGACAGUAUGUGUCCACAGAUGGAACCAAGUCUCAAGGUCUUGGAGGUUUUCAUCAUGGAUAUGGAAAGGAAUCAAGAACACUAACAUUUCAAAAUGGCAAAAAGAGAAUUCAGCAUCUUGGUGCUCAGAUCAAGCUCAACCAGCAUUGUCUUGACAUGGCAUUCAACUUUUUCAAGAUGGCCGUCACCAGACGUCUGACAAGAGGUCGGCGGUCGAGUCACGUUAUUGCAGCCUGUCUGUACAUGGUGUGCAGAACUGAGGGAACUCCUCAUAUGCUCCUUGAUUUCAGUGAUAUAUUGCAGGUGAAUGUGUACACUCUUGGAAAAACUUACCUGAGUAUAUCCAGAGAACUGUGUAUCAACAUUCCAGCUGUUGAUCCAUGUUUGUACAUUCCUCGAUUUGCUCAUAAACUGGAGUUUGGUGACAAGACUCAUGAUGUGUCCAUGACAGCACUGAGAUUAGUUCAGCGAAUGAAGCGAGACUGGAUGCAUACUGGGCGUCGCCCAUCCGGACUCUGUGGUGCAGCUCUUCUUGUUGCUGCCAGAAUCCACAAUUUUGGAAGAUCUGUCAAAGAUGUUAUCAAAGUGGUUAAUGUUGCAGAGACAACAAUUCGGAAAAGGUUAAAUGAAUUCCAGGCCACACCAUCGAGUCAGCUCACUAUUGAAGAAUUUCACACCAUUGAUUUAGAGGAAGAACAUGAUCCACCCUGUUACAUUGAAUCAAAGAAGAAAACAAAACACCCCCAACUGCUAGAUGACCAAAAUAAACUUUCUGAACUCACAGAAGAGGUUAGCUCACUAAAAGAUGAAAUAGAAAAGACACUGGAAAAAAAUAUGAAGAAACCAAGAGGAAUGUUUGCAGCAUAUGCAGAAAUGGCCAGCAACCACGAAGACGAUGCUGAGGAAGAGGAGGAAGACGUCCCUCUGAUAACCAAUGAGAAGGAUGCGACUGUGCUGAUAGAGCAAGAGAUACUAACAAAGCUCACCAGGGAGGAAUUAGAAAACUGCGAUUCUGUAGCACCUUCAAGGACUAGUUCACCCUGUCCUACCACUGACAGUAAAGCAGACGUGUUGAAGAGUGAAAAAAGUGACAGCUAUUUGAUUAAUUUCUUUAGACCCACGGCAGCAAGUCUAGGAAUAAAAGAGGUGGUCGAGAUAACCAAGGACAAAAACAACGAUACAUCAGGAAAUGAUGAGAUUGACCUCACCGAUAUUGAUGAUGCAGAACUUGAUAGGUUUAUCUUGAAUGAAGAUGAAGUUAAAAUAAAAACUGAUGUUUGGAUGAAAGCUAACGAAGACUACCUCAAGCACCUGAAAGAAAAGGAAGAGCGCAAAGCACAAGAAGAAGCUGAAGCAGCAAGUAAACCAGAGAAAAAGAAGAAGAAGUCGUACAAGAAGAGGCAACCAAUGGGGGAGGCAUCGACAGCGAGGGAGGCAGUCGCUAUGUUGCUGCACGAGAAGAAACUGUCCAACAAGAUCGACUAUGACGUCUUGAACAACCUCAACUACAAGGCAUCGGCCGCAUUCGAAAGUCCUGCAAAGAUGGCGGCAUUGGACACCCCUGUCGUAUGCCCCGAAAAAGUGAAAAUAGAACAGAAACCCAUUUUAAACAGAUUCAAGAAACCAAGACUACAUAUUGAUAUUAAAAAAGAAACUACUCAGGAGCCAUCAAGUAAGAAAGUGAAGUUUGAAAUAGAACCUUCCAUCAGCACCCCUGAGGUAUUGGUGGAAAGUGGGCCAGUCCAAUAUGAUGCAAAAGUUGAAGAUGCGAUGGAUGAUGAAACAGCAGAGGACUAUUUUGAGGAGGAGGAAGAGGAAGAAGUUAAUAUUAGUGCAGCGAAACUAUUCGGACAUGAACCAGUUGCAGACUAUGAUGACUAUCCAGAUGAUUAUUACAUAGACGAUGACUGACAGGGCGUCCAGGAAGUAGUCUGGUAUCGGGAAGCAUCAGGACAUUACACUGUCCCUGAGCAUCGUGCAAGACUAUAGAACCAUGAGAUUAAAACAGAGAUCAUGCAAGUACUGUGGGCAGCAGUGGCUUGGACGAUGGCAAAUUUGGCAGCUAGCCAGGCAUUUAUGUAUACUUUUAAAUACCAAAGCCUAAAUUCCAAAGACCAUCUCAGAAGCCAACAUAUACUACUCAGUGUAUCAACAACACUGUGACAUGUGACUUAUCAGUGACACCACACAGACACAGUGUAUGAAAAGAAAGAAUAUCAUUACUGUCACCAUGUGUUGUGUUGUGGAUGCCCUAGAACAUUAUCACAAUGAUGGGGGUGUUUCUUUUUGUCAAGCAGUGAAAAUAGCUUUUUGAAGAAAUCCAAAAAACUAUUAUGUUAAAGCAUUUUCAAUGCACUUCUCUUAUGCAGUGUAUAUGAAAAUUAUUUCACAGGAGACAUUAAAAAAAAAAAAAAUUGAACUUGAUGUGCGGUGCUUAAGUGUUCCACACACCUUCAGCAGUGAAUUGAUGUGAAAUAUGAUGUAUGAGAUCCAUGUUUUUUGUUAUUUAUUAGUAAUAUUUAUUUAUGUCACAAUAAAGUAUCAUCCACACAAAUUGAGAUGAAUGUUAUAAAAUGUAUUAAAAAAAUUUGUUUGUAAAUUGACUCAUUUAUAAUAAUCACCUAAUUUAAUUCUUGUGAGGGUUUUUUUAUUAUUGUUUUUCUCUUUUUUAACAUAUUUAAAAAAUGAAAUGAAAUGCCAAAUUGUUAACCAACUUAUAAAAUGGUGUAAAGUAACAAAGAUUCCUGAUCAUGGAUUUGAAAAUUACGAUGUUAUGGUUAUUUGCUGGCUUCUCAAAAUAAGAUAGAAACUGGUGAAUUUGAUGGGUAUUGUAGCUUCUGUAAUGGCUAUGUUUCACAGACUACUAAUUUGUAUAUUACAUAGUUUAGGAAGGUGCUAUCUACUUACCUUGGCAUAUUAGUGAUAUGACAUCGAAUCUUUUGUCAAAUUAUAUUCAGCGCAACAUUAGAAAUUGUAUAUUACAGUAAAUUUAUUUUCAAAAGGGAUGAAUUUAUAGUGGAAUUUUUUUUUAUCUAUGAAUGAAUUCAGACUCAAUUAUGAAAAGUUGUCUACAUUUUUUAAAGUCUUGAUAUUUUAAGAACAUUUCUUCACCAUUAUUUUCUACAGGUAUGUCUGCACUUAUUUAUUUUUUAAUCAUUUUACAUCACAAUGUUAAAUGUAUAUAGUCAUCUUAACCAUGUCUUCUUUUGACAUUUUCAUUUCUUCAUUUUAAUUUGUUUUCCUGCUUACAUCUAAGUAACUGACCUGGGUACACACUUCAGCUAUCUGGGUUGUCUAUCCAGGACAGCCGUUUAAUGGUCAGUUGUUAGUGGUUACCGGUAGUGAGAAAAAUGUCUGUGUUGUGGCUUUACACCUCCCCUGUGAGCCUUUAAAAUUAAUGAUUCUCACUCCGGUGUGUCCUGUCCUGUAUGGAGGAGCCGGCGGCAUGUACAUCCAUGACAGGCAUGUGCUACAACAGCUUGCUCUGAAUGUGCACGUAAAACCCUCUGACCUGACCUGACCUGACCUGACUCUGGGUGGGAAGCAAUAACUAGUACCUACCGUACCAGCAUUGGCUGAUGGCCCUAACCACUACACCAUCAUUGCUGCAGAUUGUAUUCGUCAGCAUUUAAAAUGUUGGGAUGUAUUAUAUUACAGCACUGUCCAUCCUGUAAUCCAUCUGUCCAGGGCUGUAGCUAGGAUUUUUUGUUUGGGGGGGGGGGGGGCAACUCAGUGGUUAAUAGUCUAAAACUCCUUAGACUGUUAAGAAGAGAAUUUUCUUUAGGUUUCUAUAAUUUUUUCCGGAUUUUUUUCUGGGGGGGGGGGGGGGGGCAACUGACCCCUUGCCCCCACCACUAGCUAUGGCCCUGCUGUCCAUAUAUGCAAGCUACUAUCAUAUCCAUUAUUAAACUGCAUUUCCUCUAAGAGAUAUACAGCUAAUCAAACAUUUUAAAAGAUAGCUUGAAGAAAUAGCGUACUAUUUAAAGGGACUUUCCUGAGUUUGAAGCAAUUUUAAAAGGUUUUGGGAAAAUAAAAUAUUUUUACAUUAUUAAAAAUACAAUUUAUAAAUGAUACAGUAGCUACAAAAUGGUGAGACAAUUCGAUUUUAUUUAUUCCAUAUAGGCUGUCUAUGGUAUGUGCUGUCCUGAGUGGACCUAUUUUCUAAUUGUUUUUUUUUCCAGUCCGAACCAGUAUCCCAUGACAUAUAUCAAAGGUGGUGGUAUGUGCUGUCCUAUCUCUGGGAAAGUGUAUAUAAUAAAUGAAGAAGAAACUAGCGGAUUUUCUGUGAGACUAUGCAUCAAAAACUACCAAAUGUUUGUCAUCCAAUAGCUGAUGAUUGAUUAAUCAAUAUACUCUAGUGGUGAUGUUAAACAAAACAAAUUAUUGACUUUUAACACCUUGGCUAUCUGGACUGUUUGUCCAAAACAAUAAUUAGCUGUUAUAAUGGUUAGUGAGAGACAAGUCUGCGAAAUGGCCUUACGCUGCUUCACAAUCUGUAGUUCGGUGCCGAUUCCAGGGUUUGAAGUCUGCACCCACCAGGCUUAAAGUCAAUGAAUUAACCACAAGAUGAUUGAAAACUAGGAUUGUUUUCAUCUUUCAUAUCAUACCCAACAAAGGAAAGGUAUGAAACAUGUUGGAACUCGAUGAUUGUUUUAUUGACUUAUCAGUGCAAUAUUGCAACCACCUUUUUUGUUUUGUGUUUUAUGUGCAGUUAGUGAAUUAGUGUGAGUGCAUAUAUGUACGGCUGGACCGUUACUCUGUAGUCUAUUCUUCAUGCUAUUUAUGUUUCCUAUUAAAACAGGUAAAUACAUGUAAUUUAUUCCAAGCAGGGGGCAUAAAUGUUUUACAUGCAUGAUCAUUGAUCUGGAUAGAUUUACCUCUGACACGCAUUAACUGAUACAUUUUCCAUGCUGGGGUGUCAUUGAACAUUCAUUCAUUCAUGACCCGGAUACUAUUCAAGACCUCAGCAUCUAUUUUAGACACUGCUAAUGGAUUUUCAGUGCUAUCUUAGCACCAAGAAAUCGUCAAACCAUCGUAGGAUAUGACAUCACUACAGCACAUGCUAUAUAUAUAGCAUACAAUGGUUUUACGAUUUCAUAGUGCUAAGAUAGCAUAGAAAAUAUGGGCCCUGGCUUCUAUUUUUUCAGAUGCAGAGUUAACAUAGAUUCAUUUUGAGACCUGGCAAUGAUAAAAGUAUUUAUUGUAGUUACAAAUUAUUAUAUCAGACUGGUUCAUUGUCUGACUACUGAUAUUAAAUAAUGUAAUACAUGUACAUGUGUAUAUUACACACCAAACUGUUGGUGUGUCCAACCUCAAAUUGUUACAUUGUUUGGGGGGGGGGGGGUUUAAGACAAUAAUUUUGUAUGACAGUGAUCAAAGCUUGGAUUUACUAGUAAGAUAAAAAGAACAUGCAUCUGUUUGUUUUGUUAUGGAUGUUUAUUACUGUGUGCCUUGAUUUUACGGUUUUCCCAACAAUAAUAAAAUAUAGAGCUUU